GAGGAGGAUGCUGUCGAGCAAACAAAUCAGCUGGACGCGAGUGUUCAUGAGGAACCACCGCAACCGACUGUCAACAACGAGGCAACGUCGGAGCUGAAGAAAGAAUUGGAAUCCGGAAAACCGCUGGAGAAGUUAGAGCAAGUUGCGAAAAUGGUUGAGGAGGUCAAACCUGAGAAUACUGGAGCGGAGGAACCCAAGAAAGAGGAGAAAUUGUUCGAUGAUAUGGAUUCGGAUGAGAACGAUGAGAAUGUGGCGAAUAUUAUCAAUGAUGACAACACUUGGAAACAUGGCGACCAGAUAUCAGCCUACGCCACCAAAUCCAUAUUUCAGGAGGCGUGCACCUCAAAAAAUGCGAUAUUUGUGCAGUCAAUCGUGCGGCCUUGCGGCCAGAUGUGUGCGAGAACUGAUUUGUCAUAUCGUAUGCCAAGCGAUUGUGAAUGGGCGAAGCGAAAACGCGAGAAGAAGGAGAAGGCUGCUGCUGUUGCGGCUGCAGCUGCUCAACAGCAGCCGCCCACACCUACUCAACCGAAAAAGCCUGACUUCAAUGGAGUAAUCCCGGGAGGCCUUGCUGAUUUGUCGCGUAUGGCUGCCAUGAACGGGCAGAUGCACAUGUUUUCCGGUAUGGACCCAAUGACCGUAGCAAUGAUGCAGCAAAUGCAGCAAGCACAACUGAUGGAAGCCCAGCAACAUGCUGCAGCUCAACAACAGCAUAUGAUGAAACUGGAGAUGCAGCGUCAACUAGCAGCUGCUGGUCGCAUACCAAUGAUGCCGUUCAUGGACCAGCGAAUGGCAGCAGCCGCCGCCGCCAGCGGCCUCUCUUUUAUGCCAACUCAACAGCCUACUGAUAUGCAACGAUUCCAAAUGGAAAUGAUGCAGGCGCAGCAGAUGGCUGGCGCCAUGGGUAACGCGAUGGGCCCUCCACAAGGCCUAGCCAGUCCUGAACUGCAAGCGCUCAUGAUGCAAAUGAUGAUGGCCAAUCAAAUGAGCAUGCCUCAAAUGGCGCCACCCUCGUUACAAGCCCCGAACGCCAUGUCUGCCGGCCUUCCUCCCAAUCUGGGACUCCAUCCUGCCCUAAUCCCUUCCUCGCAGGCCAACGGCCUCAUGGCCAGCUCGGACAUGAUGCGAAGGCUGCAGCAGGAAGGUUUCCCGAUGCGUCCGCAAUAA